AUGUGGUUUCCAAACGUAGCAAACAGUUUAAAUCCAUCAAAUUCUCCUUCAGCCAAUAUUCUCUUCAAAAUUCCUGAUUUAUUUGACUCGAAUUCAAAAAAUCAGAAUGCAAACAUCUCAGGAGAAAAAUAUAUCCGAACUCUUGCUCAUUACAUCCACGCUAACGAGCGACGUUUGACCACCUCAACUCAAUUGUCUCCGCCACCGUCUGGUCAUCGAAGAGCCGAUAGUAGUGGAAAUGGAAGUUUCUCUAUAUCAAAUCUGUGGUCUAUAUCCACAGCAUUAACUAGCAACAUUUUAAUAAGCGGUUCAACACCGCCGUCUGCGCAAAUACCCUCGCCCGCCGGGUCGAAUUCCUCCUACCAAAAAUCAUCAAUUUUUGUGACACUUGAUCAUCAUCACCUUUAUUAUUUGCUGACAAAAUUUGGUGAAUAUGGGCUUGAUGUUGGUUCUUUUGAAUAUGAAUCGAAACUGGAUGGAUUGGAGAGUAACGUUAAUAAUGAUAAGGGUGAUGCCAGUAACAGUAACUCUAAAGAUGGAUUAGAGACUGCGUCAAUAACUUCGGCUACGUCUAUUAAUUCUAUAUCUUCCGCGAUGUCAUCCAUAUCAUUGAUUUCAGGAUGGCAUGGAUGGUCAAUGGCGGCUCAAACUGAAGAGGUACCAAUCGAAGAUGAUAUUAGAUAUAUAUAUCGUUCUUUUCUUAAACUUUCAGGGUUAAGAUUGGCUGUUGUUCCACAUACAAAAAUUGAAGGUUCUGAAUCAUGGCCGUUAUUAGGUUCAAUGCUAUCCUUGACCCCUUUCAAGAAUCUCUCACAGUUAGAAAUAUGCAAGUUAUCAAUAAAAAUUAUUGAUGGAUGGGAUAUAUUGCAGGAGAAACUUGAAAGUCUCACUAUUCAGAAUGGCUCGAUAGAUGAUAUUACGGAAUUAUUUGUCGAUGCUGUUGUUGCCUCAAUGAAACGAAGAAAAAUCAAAAAGAAUAAAAAAAUCAUGGAGACCGAUGAAGAAGAAUCAACGAACAAAAAUAACAACAGCAUAAGUGAAUCCGAAUCUACUAAGACAUUACAAGAAACAAAAGACGACGACCAAGAUCCAACCAGUAUUCUACCGGCGAAAAUCUGGCCUCGUCUCACCUACAUCAAUCUCUCGGAAAAUUCUCUGACGUUUAUUGCCAAUGAACCGGUGUCCUUCAUUACCACAUGCACACAUUUAGAUUUAUCACAUAAUCUGCUCAUCGCUGUGCCCACUGCUUUAUCUCAAUUAUAUAACUUGCAAUAUUUAAAUCUAAGUUAUAAUAUGAUUGAAUCCGUUGUUGGUAUUUAUAAUAUACUGGUAAAUGUGACAAAAUUAGAUUUGAGGAACAAUCGAGUGGAGAAUUUGUGUGGAUUGGAACGUGUGAUCACACUUGAAUGGGUGGAUGUGCGAGAAAAUCGUUUGACAGAUUGGGCGGAAAUUGGACGUAUGACUGUAGUUCCGGGUAUAAGAGAGAUUUACGUGGAGGGCAAUCCUUUAACUUAUCUUCAGACUAAUUACCGCGUAAACAUUUUUACGGAAUAUAAAAAAAAUAAUUUGGACAUACUUUUGGAUGGUUACGGCCCCUCAAUGAAAGAAAACCGCAAAAUCAAUGUUCCCACAAAACAACCAGAAGAACUUCAAAGAGUCCCGACUGCUUCUUUAAGUCGAGUCAUGUCUAUAGAGCAGCUGCAAACUUCUCCAAAGAAUGGAGCCACCCCUUCAAUUGAUAUACCAAUAUUAAAAAAAAGCCGAAAAAAGCGUAUUGUUGAUCCGCUUGACAAUGCAGAUGAACUAUUGCCAAAUAAUAAGAAUGGGGCCGAAGGAAUUGUGGUGAGGCAUAAAUCAGGAGCCGGUAAGAAGAAAAAAGAACCGGUAUUAUCAUCAUCCCCGCCCGCGUCCAGUGAAAUUUCUGACCAAAAAAGACAUGUACAUCGUAAUAUUAAAGUUGAGAAAGCUUAUGCUCAUGAUGUGGAUCCAAAGGUACGUGACCUACGUAAAAGGAAGUCGAGUAAAAAUAUCCGUUCAAAAACUUUGGAUACACCGCCACGAUCACCAGCUCUUAGUCCUUCUGCACAAAGUGAUUCGGAAGUGGCAUCACUCAGUGGAUCACCCAAGAUUUCUUUGAUAGGAGAAGGUUUCAGAAAUAGAAUGGAAAAAUUGAGAAAUGAAGGAGGAGCAGCAUGGCUCAAAGUCUUCAAUGAGAUGGAAUAUUCGACAACUGGCGAGGGGAAUAAACUGCGAGAACCUAAAGUGCACGAUAACAAAGACACUAAGAAACAUCAAUCAAAUAAUGUGAAUUCAUAA